AUGAGUUUCCAAACUACUAAUGAUCAGAGUAAAACUAAAAAUAUAAGUAGUUUAACAAGAUUCGAAAACAAUCAAUUAUUCCCAGAAAAUAGAUAUUUAAGUAAAAGAAUACUUGAGUUAGGAACGGGACUUAUCCCACUAAUAAAUAAUUCUGAAAAAUGUAGCUGCGAAAAAACAUGUGCUGAUUUUUGUUUUAAUCGUCUGAACCACCAGGAAUGCAAUAGAAGUAUAUGUGGACUUUCUGACCAUUUACAUGAUGUAUACUGCAAUAAUAGACCAUUUCUUAGAUUUAAAAAUCAAAAAACUAAGAAAUAUGUUGUUGAGUAUUUCAGAUUACCAAUAAAAAGAGAAAACAGGAAUUCAAAUACAGAACAUUUAAAAGAUAACAACUCACAACAUUUAACAAGACUUAUAUUAUUGGACAAAGUGUCAAAAGGUGAAUUAAUAAUUGAAUGUAUGGGAGAAAUUUUAACAGAUUCUGAUGUGAGAGACAGGUACCAAAAAUAUUUUGAACUUAAAAAACGAGGUGAUGAAAAUGUUAUGAAUUAUAGUUUUGAAAAAACCGCUUCAGCACCUGAUAGGCUUUUUUGUCUAGUUGAAAAUUUUGUUUAUUUGGAUAUGACUCAAAUAGGUAAUGAAGCUAAACAUAUUCGGCACUCAUGCAAUCCAAACUCGCAAGCAGAAGUUUGGAUUUCAAGGCCGAAUUCUCAUUUUCAAAAAGCUAGAUUAAGAAAUGAAUACACAUUAUCAUGGUUAAGAAUGGGAAUAUUUGCUUUAAAAGAUAUUGAAAAAGGUACAGAAAUAACGAUUGACUAUGAAAACUUGAUGUCUCGAUGUACCCCAGAUCUCGUGAAGAAAAGUGAAGACCCCAUUCGUUUUUUAGGAUUGCUCAAGUGCAACUGUAAUUUCGAAAAUUGUAGAAAAAGUAUCGGCACUAGGAAAAUCCAUGAAGCAAUUGAAUUUAGCGAAUUUUUAAUUCCAACAGCAAAUAAAAAAAGAAGAAAGGAUUUAAAUACCAUCUCAAUCUCAAGAGAGCAAUUAGAGCCCGAUUCCUUCUCAUAUAACAAAAAAUCGCUAGAUUCUUUCCUUUUUUUGAGGGAAAAAAUUAUUGAAGAUCAAAAGAUUUGGAAAGAACAACAAAUUAGAAAAAGACCAAAAAAAGCCACACAAAGAACCUUAAAUAUUUUUGAGACUGACAAGAGGCAAAUGAUUGAGGCUCAAAACUUAAUCCUUAAUCUUCAUUCUAAUAAUUUUUUUGAUCCUUCUAAUAAGUUACCACUUUGGCAUUUGUUUUCAUCAUUGUGUUGGCAAGGUUAUCAUGAUCACCAAGAAUGUUGUAAUAAGCAUAUUAUACAUAAUGAUUGGUGGGUGAAAUUCAAAGAAAUGAAUGAGAGUAAAAAUAAAGUUUGCAAAAUGAAUUUUGUAAAACUUGAACGACCUAGAAGAAGUUGUUCAAAUAACUUCGGGACGUCAAUUAAAAGAAAUGAAAAAUUCUUUCGUGCCUGCUCUUUAAAUCAAAUUAGAAGAACAAGUGUUUUCCUACAUAUCAUGUCCCAUCCAUGGCUUCUAGCACUUAACAAUUUAACAAAUAUUGACAUUGAACUUGGAAAAGAUUGGAAAAUUUUGCUUGCCAGAACUAUUGAUUUGGGCAGAUGGACAAUAAUUCAAAAACUAUCAUUUUUUUUCAACAAAUAUAAAAUUACAGAUGAAGAUUUGUCGUGGCCUAUUAUUGACCAAGGUCUUGGAGACGAUGAAAAAUGCACUGUUUGUUCUUGCCACGGAACAUUAUUAUCAUGCGAUAUAUGUUCCAAGAGUAUUCACAAAUCAUGUUUAAAAAAAUGCAACCAGUUUAUUGCUUCUUCCUCAUUUUGUCUCCCUAAUUGGUUUUCAAGAAAUAAAAUUGGGAAGGAAUCUUAUUUCAAAGAAUUGUUAGAUUAUUUUUGCAGAUCAGAAAAUUCGGCUAAGACGAAUAAUAUUUGUUUAAACAAAAAAAAUAAUAAAACAAAAAUUACAGUUAUAUAUAACCCAAAAUAUUCAACUAACAACUUCAAAUUUGAUUCAACAAAUAAACAAGAUCAUCAAUCAAAUCUUUUUAUAUGUCAUAAAUGCAGUAAUUCUGCACAUACGAACUUCUGGCUUAAAUUAAAGGGCAGAGAAAAACGUGUUAUCUCUAAAAAUGCGAUGAAAAUUAGAUUUAGUAGAGCAUAUCAGUCGAAUUUCUAUAUGCAAGAUAAUAAACAAAUUUUUCAAGAUCGUAUUGAAAAAGGAAUAAAAGCCAAUAAGAAACAAGUAAAUAAUAACAACUCGCAGAAAUAUAACGCAAUAAGAUCCGCAAGAUUGAUGAUUAGUCAUCUAUUCAUUUGGAGGCAAAAAAAUAGUACAUUUAAAAUGCCUAAAGAUUCACAAAUUUUCAGUGAAUUGUCUAGAAACUUCAAAUCAAAAAGAACAAUAGAUACAAGGUGGGAUACAUUGAACCUUAUUUCUGACUACUCACGAAAAGACCAUAUAAUUACUAACAAUAGUCAACAAAAAACAACUUCUCCUUCAGAACUGAAUUUACCAAACAGGCUAUCGAUCUCAACACAGGAUAAUUGCCAAAUUAUCAACUCUAUUUCAAUUGAAGAAUUUAUAGAUUCCUUAAGAAAGUAG